ACAGACCAGUUCCACACCCAGCAGUCAGUCAUUAAGGAUGUGUAGGCUGAUCUUACUGGAGAACUUUUUCCUGCAUCUCCCCGCAGAGAAGUUGGAAACUCUCAUUGGAAACUUCUGAGGGUGGAAUUCUGUUAAAAGCCUGUGGAUUGCUUGGGUUCCACUGCCGUGUUCUUCUUCCACCCUAAUGUUCCCUAUUUUUCAUGUAUAACUGGUUUCAUAGGCCAUUUAGAUUCAAGUAUUAAACCAUACAUCCUGUAGAUUGAGUUUUGGUUAUAUGUAGUGCUGGAUUGUUUCAACACAAUGAGCUAUAAGCUUCCAGUUACACCUGUUGUACGGUUUGCUUUCUCUUCCUUUUGUGUUUUCCUAUCUUUCAUGUCUUAUCUUUCCCCUUAAACUUUUUUUAUUAUUAUUGUUAUUUAUGUGUUUUUUUGCAGCACAUGAAAACUACAACUGGCUUAUGUUGAGAACUCUGUGUAUAGACGUCUGUUAUUUCUGCAGGCUUCAUGUUAGUCCCUGCCAUGUCAGGACUUCACAAUGAGAUUGACAGUUGUGUGAGGGGGUGGGUAAAGUAAAAGGAAAAGAAUAUAGGGGCAUUUUGGCUUCAGGGUUCUCUAAUUGGUAUGGUGAUGGGUAGAUGGAAAGAGAAGAGAGUGAAGGAAAAAUUGAGAGUGGGAGGAAAAUACUGCAGGCUAUUGUGGUUGUGCAUUGUGGGAUAGGAUAAAGGAAUUUGUCUACUCUUUCAGUAAAAAGUAGAGAGAGUUCAUCUUUUCCCCAGCUAGUGGUAAGAACCCAAUUGAUUAUAGUGGACAGUAUAUGAAAGAGUGUGGGAUGUACUAGGGUCAUAGGAGAAAUUUAAGCCAGACACAAGAGAAAUAGCAGUAUGGUUGUGACUGGACAUCACUCUGAGGGUAUCCAGCUUACUUAGACACACUGCCUAAUGGUGGGUACCUGAGCCUGCAAAGACCGAGGGAAUGGAAAUAAGCUUUACAACUGGCACGGUUCCCCUCCCAAGCUUCCAUCUCCUGUCCAGGAUGGAUUUACAGAUGAUUCGCUUUCCCAGAGGCUUACAAGUUGAGAGGAGAUUCAAAUUUUAAGUUGGUUGCAUGUUUUUUUGUUUUCCCUUUUUUUUUUUUUUUUUUUUUUUUGUAAUUAUAUUUCAGCAACUGACUCAUAGUUUUUGCAAGUAUGGGAUUGCUGUAUCUGUUUAAUAGUCAUUUCAUUUUUCAUAUUGUAAAGUUAAUAGGGUGAAGCAACUACAGAGUUACUUACAUUUCUUCUAAUUCCUUACUUUGCAGAUGUCAGUUAGAUUACAUUUUGGGUGGGUCAUUCUGUCCUCCCCUGUUCUGCCCGUCACCCUUCCAACAGCUCUGUGAAGCUUCAAAAAAGCUUUGUACAGAGUUUUUUUGAAAAGCCUGGAACUUUUGCAGUCAUUCUGCAUGGCCACAGUACUUAUUUUAAGUAGUAAGCACCUCUCAGCAGUUUUUAAUCAUGGCAUUAGGUGAAAUGAAGGGGCAGAUUGAAAGAGCCUUGAGAAAAUAAAAUGGUUCUGGCAGGUUUUAUCAGUGAUUACUUCAGCUGCACAAUGGAAAAUUCUUUCUUGCUUUGCAGUGAAUAAUUGGAAGAAUGACUUAGAAAUAGUUCUACAAGGGGGAAUGUAAACUCCUUUAGCUUGAUUAAAAACAUAAUCUUAUUGCAAAUUCUUCCACUUAGUGAAGUCUAACAGAAGACUGUGCAGUUCUUUUCAAAGAGGUGAUGAGAGGUACUCAUUCUGCAAGGACAGUCAGUGUCCCACCAGGCAAUUACUGUUCCUUUCAUCCUAUCAGAGGAGAAGCUUUUAAACGAAUUGAAGAGCUUUUCAUAGCUGAAAGAAAAUGAUGGAAGAGAGUGGUAUAGAAGCAACUCCACCUGGCACGCCUCCACCAAGCACAAGCACAGCAGGGGAUGCUGCUGCCGCUGCUACACCUGUCUCAUUAGCAAAUACUGUUGGAAGAUGCAUAGAAAACAUUGCUGAAGAUUUGAAGAAACAAGUAUUAGAAGAAAUGACACAGCGUGGGAGGUUUGCUGUAAAGUUGCCUGAAAGUACAGGUGCUUUAGCGGAUCCUAUUACUCAACAAGCAAAUUUCCCAUCAGCUUUGGCUCCUGGGACUGAUUCUACAAUCACUUUUCCUGAGGAGCAUGAAGACCCCAGAGUAUCAACUGCCACAGGAGGGCUGUGGGGGUUCAUAAAGGGUGUAGCUGAGAAUCCCAUGGUGAAGUCUGUUCUUGAUAAAACCAAACAUUCAGUGGAGACCAUGAUCACAACACUGGAUCCUGGCAUGGUUCCAUAUAUCAAAACUGGGGGAGAACUGGACAUAGUGGUUACUUCUAAUAAAGAAGUAAAAGUUGCAGCAAUUCGAGAUGCCUUUCAAGAAGUCUUUGGGAUGGCGGUUGUUACUGGAGAGGCGGCACAGUCUAACAUUGCACCCCAACCUGUGGGCUAUGCUGCAGGUUUAAAAGGAGCCCAAGAAAGGAUAGACAGCUUGCGUCGGGCAGGAGUAAUACAUGAAAAACAGCCCGCUGUAUCAGCAGAAAGCUUCAUUGAGGAAUUGCUUCCUGACAAGUGGUUUGACAUUGGAUGUCUGAUUAUUGAGGAUCCCAUUCAUGGAAUUCAUCUGGAAGCUUUUACUCAGGCAACACCUGUGCCUUUGCAGUAUGUUCAGCAGGCGAAGAGUCUCACUCCUGAGGACUACAGUCUGAGAUGGUCAGGCCUGUUGGUGACCGUGGGCGAAGUGCUUGAGAAGAGCAUACAGAAUGUCAACAGGACUGAUUGGCACGUGGUAUUCACUGGCAUGUCCCGUCGACAGAUGAUCUACAGUGCAGCUAAGGCUCUAGCGGGAAUGUAUAAACAACAGUUACCACCCAGGACUGUUUGAAAGAAGGCUGAUCCAUGACACUAGGGAAUAGUGGGUUUGUGAUUCUAGAAUUGAAGUGAAAGCUACACAUUCUAAUUCGCAGUGGAUGCAACACACAUUUGUAAUCUAACCUUAAACUGAAUUUUACUUUUUAAGAAGUGGUGAUUUCCAAUAGCAGAAAUGAGCAAUUGCAAUUUUUAACUAAUACAUGAUUUCCAAUAUGAUUCAGAAAAUGGGAAAUGAGAACAAAUAUAUAUUUAUAACUGGAACAAAUAGCAUUACAGUUUGUACGGUGAAUGUGCUGUUAUUUGAGACCUUACUAUGCAUUUGCUGAGAUAUUUUAGUUAGUAUACUUUUUAAAAGAAGGGGAUAAUUGUUUAGCUAUUUCUAUUAUAUUAAUAAUAUACACAUGUUGACAGCAUAAAAUGUAUGUUAUAUGUGCACUUCAGUCCAGAGAGACUACCUUCUGUAUUAGAUGGUUUCUUGGAGCCUGUGCUUAGAUGAUACUUAACACCUGAUAUGUUUUCAUGGCCAUAUAGAAGUUCUCAGGAGUGAUACUGAGUAGCCCUUUCAACACAUACCAGUCAGCUGCUAAAAAAACACAAAUCCAUGCCUCAUUAGUUGAAAUUGUUGCUAAAUUAUUUUGAAAUUUCAUGUUCCAUGCUGCAUCUUUUUUCUAUUUUUUUUUUUGUAACAGUAAUAAGGUGCAUGUCCAAUUAAAACACUAGACAAAUUUCAAGUUCUUUCAGUUGGUUAUAGAUCAGGUACCACAUACACAUGAAAUUAUUUCAGCAGUUUCAACAACGUAAUUUAUUCCAGUACUUCCAAACUUCAUCUUUUAUAUGGAAUUAUGUAAUUUCUUCUAUGAAAUUAUGGUUGUCAGCAGUUUGAUGUGAAAAUGGUGAGAUGUAUAUCAUUUGCUUUGCUUUCCUGGGUUUUCUAAAUAUUUUUAAGUCUUAAAUGUCUUCCUGGUAUCAUGAGCUCAUUGUUUCUCAUGUAAGUCUUCAGUAGUGUCUGAUUUUUUUCAUGGCUACAAAUGCCCUCUAUCCAUGAUGACACAAUCUUAAACCUGUAUUUAGAAAUAUUGAAGUAAUUGUGAAGAAAAUGUUUCGGUAAUAAUACUUUUUUAAGAGACGAAGAAUUAAAAAAUACUUUUUAUUUGCUUUGAAGCAGUUUUUCAUGUUAUACUGCUCUGCCUUUACCUUUCUUUGAUGCUUUCAAAGGACAUUUUUAUAUAUAAUAAGAUACUAAGCCAGGUCAUAUUUGUACCUAGUGAAAGCCUAUUUCCAAGUAAUGUAUUUUGCCUUAAUUGGCUUACUGUAUAAAUCAGUUGAAUAAAUGGUUUUCCUACAGGAUUGUAUCCAUUUUAGAGGUUUAUUUUUUAAUAUAGCUGAUGAACAUCUGUUUAUUGAAGUGAUGUUUGCAUGGUUAAGUUACGAAUUUGGCACAUACUUAAAUGCCUGUCUUGUCUGAAGAAAACCCAAAACAAACAGAAUCUGACUCUUGUGGUCUUGAGGUCUCUUGUUGGGAGCACUUCUUUGUAUCAUAAACUAAAAGGAUAAUACAGGGACUUGUGUUUGUCAUUUUUUGCUAAAGGCAUCUUUCCUUUUAUUGUAAUUUGAGUUUGCAGUGUAUAAUAUGUUGAAUGCUGCCCUUUUAUCCCCUGCUUGCAGCAUCCUCCAUGAUGCAGAGGAAGAGAACAUGAAAUCAUCAGUAGGUUUAUGUGCCCUGGCAUGAGUUAAAAUUAAAACUGAAGAAACUGAAGAGGAAUUUCUGUUUUCUUUCUCUCUUUUCUGGCCCUGACCUUCACUGUUUUUCAGCGGUGGUGAGAGUGGAGACAGAAGAUGGCUUCUCAGUUUUGCAGCACCUGGUUCAUUGUGGUGACAUUGGCCCAGCAUUCCAGAUAUCUUACAUGGCUGCUAAUGUGGCAUUUUCCAAGGCUGUCUUGGCCUGCCUUAUAGAACUUUUACGUCUCUAUUCUCCUGUAAAAAUUUGCUUCUUUAUGCCAAAAUGAGAAUGACUGCACACUCUUCUCUCUGCGCGCUUUCUCCGUGUGGUUGGGUACUGGGAUAUGACAUGGUCAAGUGAAGCGGUCUUUCUCCAUUCAAAAUCUCUGUCUUGGUAAAAAUCUGUUGAUGUAGUUUUGAUUGCUCACCCAAGAAUUAAAACGGCUUAUCUUGAUAUCUUUA